CGCGCACUUGUUGGCCCGGGUAGACUACCUCGAACAUUGCACAGUUGCAGAACUUGGGUGCAGAUAGAGGCUGUGUGUGUGCGUGGUUGUUAGUCAAGGAAAGGUUGAGUUUUAGGUCUGCGCACACGGUCAUGGAUGCGCAGUGGCAACAUACAAACGGCGCUUACUCUCGGUAUUACUCUCAAAACCAAAUGGGACAACAGAGUUGGAGUGGAGUGAACCCUGCAGGCAGCGACACCAAGCACCAGUGUCAGCAAGCAUCCUCUGUGGGUCCUGGCACUGGGGCGAAACAUGAAUGGGUCAAUUGUUUUGAUGACUUCUACAGUGACGUCUUUCUGAAUGAUUUUGAAAAUGUUGAUUUAGCAAAAUAUAAUGUGGUGUGCACGCUGGAGAUGCAAGGCGGCUGGUACAGUGUUCCCAGCAGCACCACCUCUGUGUACAGCUCUGUGAUCAACCCCUCCACCUACAGUGGCUGGAACAACCCACCUACCAACCUCCCCACCCUCACAUCAGACAAACUGUAUCUCAAGGGGGGCCUCCCACACUCACUGACCAGGGAACACUUCCCACCUGGGGCUCAUGAACCUCCACUGGGACAUCUGCAGACAAUCGGUGGAGAACACCCACAGGGACAUCUGCAGACAGUCGCAGAGGAACACCCACAGGGACAUCUGCAGACAGUCGCAGGGGAACACCCACAGGGACAUCUGCAGACAAUCGCAGGGGAACACCCACAGGGAAAUCUGCAGACAAUCGCAGGGGAACACCCACAGGGAUAUCCGCAGACAGUCACAGGGGAACACCCACAGGGACAUCUGCAGACAGUCGCAGGGGAACACCCACAGGGAAAUCUGCAGACAACCACAAGGAAACACCCACAGGGACAUCUGCAGACAGUCGCAAGGGAACACUCACAGGGACAUAAACAGAUAGUCGCAGUGGAACAUCCACAGGGAUAUCUGCAGACAGUUGCAGAGGAACACCCACAGGGAUAUUUUCAGACAGUAGCAGGGGAACACCCACAGGGACAUCAGCAGACAGUUGCAGGGGAACACCCACUGGGAUAUCUGCAGACAAUCGGCAGGGAACACCCUCAGGGAAAUCUACAGACAGUCGGUAGGGAACACCCUCAGGGAUAUCUACAGACAAUCGGCGGGAAACACCCUCAGGGGCAUCUACAGACAGUCGGCGGGGAACGCCCCAAGCAUGUGUCUCAGCUAGCACAGGACCGUGUUGUUGGGGCACCACAACAGCCUGAAGAAGAGAAGGUUUUCUCCACUCUUGGCCAGAAGCUGAAUCUAGGCACCCGGUGUCUUCAGAACGCAGAUGUCGUGUUUCUACAGACUUCUUCAACCAGUAAACUUAGCGGUUUGACAAAGGCAGGUUCAGGUCUCCCAGAAGCAGGAUCAACACUGCCUUCAAUAUCAAUUAUCAUCAAUACUUACGAUGAGAAGGGCGAGUCAACAAAAGCAUGCCAAUUUGACUCAACAGAGAAUCUUGUGAGUGAUGGAUCAGUCGGAGAUGUGACGUCAUCAGAGGACCGCUGGCAGACAACUGCAUCAACGUAUGUAUCGCUUAGUUCAUCACCGACGUCGGGUCCCACCAGCAGCGACCACGUCUCAUCAUCUUCUGAUUCCAAGGACAGCAGCAAACAUGUUAGGAACAGGGAGGUUCGGCGGGCAGUUGAUGAACCGCGGCGACCUAAGAAUGGUUUCAUCCGUUUUUCCAUUGAGCACCGACAGCAGAUCGCUGUAAAGCACCCGAGACUGGACAACCGCGAGAUCUCGCGAAUGCUCGGCUGCAAGUGGAGAAAGCUGAGCAAUGAGGAGAAGAAGCCAUAUGAGGUUGAGUUCGAGAAGGAUAUCCAGGCUAUCCGGGAGGUGAACCCAGAGUGGCGCUACGCCCCGGCCAGGCAGCUGGUUGAGGAGCUGAUAGAACCAAUGCCCAGUCGCCUCCGACCCAGGAACAGCCUCAAGCGGAAGAAGCUUCCCAGCCUCGUGAGAACAUACAGUCGCCGCCAGAACUCCGGCAAGUCUUCCAAGACCAGCAGGAAAAAAUGCCCUGUAGUCCAAUCAGAGAUGCUUGAUCCAGCUGCCACACCCUUAAGUGAGGAGGACCCAUCAACCACCUGGGUGCAGUGUGAUCUGUGUGGAAAGUGGCGAUGUCUGCCCGGCUUCAUCCAACCAGAGGCACUGUGUGACAUAUGGUUUUGCUACUUCAACCCCGACAAUCGGUACAACUCCUGCUCCAUCAAGGAGGAGCUGGACCCCGACGAUGCCUCUGCCCCUCCACAUCUGCCUGUCCCCCCAAACUCCACAUGUACAGCAUACAGUGGUGGCCAUGUGCUGUCCCGGGAACCCUCCUGGUAGUGCUCCAGGUACAGCACACUGGUGAAGAGCAUAAACAAAGACCAACUUGUUUCACGUCAAGUAGGCAGUGUUACUACUGAAAAAUAUAGACAGUUGGAUUCCCCUGUCUAACUUGCUUGCCAAAUGUUCUUUCAAAAUAAUGACUUGAAAUGCUACUUCUUGUAUCUGAAUGGAGUGGCAUGAAAUAACUAGAAUAACUGGAAUAACUAGAUGCAAUAAAAUGCUCUAACUUGUCCAUCCACUGAUGAGAAACUAAGCAAUGACAGAUCUGUACAAGUGUUGGCAAUUCUGUAGGAGCUGAACAAGCGUUGGUGAGUCUGUAGGAGCUGAACAAGUGUUGGUGAGUCUGUAGGAGCUGAAUAAGUGUUGGUUAGGAGCUGAACAAGUGUUGGCUAGUCUGUAGGAGCUGAACAAGUGUUGGCGAGUCUGUAGGAUCUGAACAAGUGUUGGUGAGUGUAGCAGCUGAACAAGUGUUGGCUAGUCUGUAGGAGCUGAACAAGUGUUGGCUAGUCUGUAGGAGCUGAACAAGUGUUGGUUAGUCUGUAGGAGCUGAACAAGUGUUGGCUAGUCUGUAGGAGCUGAACAAGUGUUGGCUAGUCUGUAGGAGCUGAAUAAGUGUUGGUUAGUCUGUAGGAGCUGAAUAAGUGUUGGCGAGUCUGUAGGAGCUGAACAAGUGUUGGCUAGUCUGUAGAAGCUGAACUAGUGUUGGCUAGUCUGUAGGAGCUGAACAAGUGUUGGCUAGUCUGUAGGAGCUGAAUAAGUGUUGGUUAGUCUGUAGGAGCUGAAUAAGUGUUGGUUAGUCUGUAGGAGCUGAACAAGUGUUGGCUAGUCUGUAGGAGCUGAACUAGUGUUGGCUAGUCUGCAGGAGCUGAACUAGUGUUGGCUAGUCUGUAGGAGCUGAACUAGUGUUGGCUAGUCUGUAGGAGCUGAACAAGUGUUGGCGAGUCUGUAGGAGCUGAACAAGCACUGGCAAGUUUGGAGGAGCUGUCUGUCAAACAUACUUUUCUAAAGCACCACAUAGAUUAAACAUCUUGAAAAGGGUAGUGGUUGUUGUACCCCAAGGAACUAUCUUUUUCUUUACAUGGUCAUAAGUGAGACUGCUAAAGACCCAGUCAUGCUCUAAAUGUUUUGGGUUCUUUUUACCUCUUUCCAUUUUUUAUCUAUUAGGACAGGUCAUGCUACUUUCACAGGGGAUUAGUCUGAGAAGCUUAACGUUUAAUGGAGAACUCACAUCAAACCUUACACCUUGAGCAGUUCUGGUCACUUAGCCUGGAAUCUUGGAUGGUCUUACUUUUCCCAUUUACCUUGAAAGGAGGCGUCUUACCAACAGCUUCACGAUAAGCAGACAAUGGCCCGGAAAUAAAGACCUUUUCCCAAAAAUUUACAUAAUGUAAAAACUGUCCAUCAAAAUGUCUUUUUCUAGCACACAUUAUGGGGAUUACUUAUCAAUGUGGGUCACUUGAUACUGGCUACAAAUGCACUGAUCUGCAAGAGUACUGGUGUUUUGUAAACUAUUAACUUUGCCACUAAACAUUGUUUACUUAU